AUGCCACAACCCAAACCACCCUCCCACGUGACGCCGCAGACCAAAUACCUCUAUCCCGAGCUGGCAAAGAAGUCGUCCGAGCAGAUCUACGACAAGUUUGUCGACUACGAUGGGCGGGACGACUUUGUAGGCAUGGACAUGUGUCGCAAGUUCUUACAGAUGGGUAUGACGCGGGCAAAGCGGUAUGCAAACCACGCAGGAGGUCGCAAGUACGAUAAGAAGACGGGCGAGGAGCUCGAAAAGAGUGGAAGCCACCAGGGGCGGGAGGAGAAGCUUGAGGCUUCGUUGAUCUUCAAAGAAGCCUGGGAGAAGGCCAAGGCGCACGAGGGAUAUUUGGACAAGAAAGAAAAGUUCAUUACGGGACAAAAGGAAUGGGAGAAAAACAUGAGGAAGAAUGCCAGGGGCCAAGAAGACGGCAGUUGA